CGGAGAUUUGAGAUUAUAUGACAGAAAUUUGUAAAGCCUUACUCCGAAGAAUUACAAGGAUGAGCUAAAAAUCAUUUAAUUCCAGGUAUCAGCAGAUUUUCUGCGGUUAAAUGGAAGUCGACAACAAUUUCGAAAUUUGCUGUCAACAAGAAAGAAAUUGGGUUCAUUGCCACCUGCUUAUACUAGAAUCGACUAUAGCAGGGAUUCACUUGAUUCGAAUUUGACCCGACCCCCCCAUCAUGGACCUGUGAUCACAGUUGAAGAUACUGGCUCACAGUUACGGAUUAACCGGGUAAAGUCGAGUAUUACGGAUAGUCUUGUCGAUUCCCAUAAGGCAUCCCUUGAAAAUGUUACAGUUGCCUUUUGUGAAAGUAACGGAAGUGCUGGAACUCAUCAGACAGCAAACCAUUUUAAGCGAAAUAACAGCAGAUAUGGAGUUCCUAUUGACAGCUCCGCCGUAAAGCUUGUCUACCGAGUUCGUUCGGAAAGGCUUAGCAAUCGGGUAAAAAUUACUGAUCGUGCAUUGGUGUUGGCAAUGUUGGGUGUGGUGGUGAUGGUGAUUGAUGCGGAGAUAACCGGACAAACUCUUUUUGGAAUUACAAAGCUUGAUCUGGUUGACUGCGGAGCUGACGAUUGGCGCGUGGUUGUAACAACUGAUCGAGCUCUUCAGUUUUGCACAGAAUUUGUUUUAUGUGCUAUUUGUCCUCUCCCUGGUACCGGUUCGCUGCAUUGGUCAUUCAUAGAAACCAAUCGAAAUAUGCAAGCUACCCAUGGAAGGUCAUUCCAUGUUAGAGAGCUAUUCUGUGACUUGUUGAAAUGGAAUGAGAAGUUGUGGAUCCCGAAGAUAGGUUGGUCUAUCGACAGAAUGCGGGAUAAUCCUGGCGAUGAAGAGCCAAAAGACCUUUAUUUUAAGAGAGGCUGA